AUGGGAAGCCUAGGGAGUUUGAGGCAAUGGCCUCAAUUUGUCUAUGCUUUGGUAUUUUGCUUAGCAGCAACUAGUGUUGCUGCUAAUACGCCUUAUAUUUAUGCUUCACCACCUCCACCUCCUUAUAUUUACAAGUCUCCACCACCACCAUUACCAUCUCCACCACCACCUUACGUUUACAAAUCGCCACCUCCCCCAUCACCAUCGCCACCACCUCCCUACAUUUACAAAUCUCCACCUCCACCGUCUUCAUCCCCGCCACCACCCUAUAUGUACAAAUCACCACCUCCUCCAUCACCAUCACCGCCACCUCCGUAUAUUUACAAAUUUCCACCUCCACCAUCUCCAUCGCCACCACCACCCUACUACUACAAGUCACCUCCACCGCCAUCUCCAUCUCCACCCCCACCUUACUACUAUAAGUCACCACCUCCACCAUCUCCAUCACCCCCUCCACCAUAUUAUUACAAAUCUCCACCACCACCUUCUUCGUCUCCUCCUCCACCUUAUUACUACAAGUCACCACCCCAUCUCCACCACCACACGUCACCACCACCACCAUCGCCAUCACCUCCACCACCCUACUAUUAUAAGUCACCACCCCCACCAUCUCGAUCACCACCACCACAAUACUAUUACAAAUCGCCACCUCCACCAUCUCCUUCUCCACCACCUCCUUACUACUACAAAUCACCACCACCUCCAGUGAAGUCACCACCUCCUCCAUAUAUCUACAAAUCCCCACCUCCACCAGUGAAGUCACCACCACCACCCUACUAUUACAAAUCACCACCUCCCCCAGUUAAAUCACCACCUCCACCUCCAUACUACUACAAAUCACCACCUCCACCAGUUAAGUCACCACCACCGCCCUACUACUACAAUUCUCCUCCUCCACCAUCUCCAUCACCACCACCUCCAUACUACUACAACUCACCACCACCACCGCACCAUUAUUAA